GAAGUUCUUUCCCUCUUCUUCAUCUUCUUCGUCUUCCUCAAAUCAUUCCCUCUCCCUCAUUUCAAUAUCAAUCAAAAUCACAUUAUCGUCAUUGAUUCAAAUAUCACAAUUAAAAAUUCAAACAUAUAAACCAACAAUGUGCCGUUUAAGCAAUAUAUUAAUGGGUCUCCUUAACAGCUUCACGUUAAUCGUCAGCCUAGUUGCCAUUCUCGCCGCCGUCCAGGUCCGUAAUCACGGUGGCACCGCUUGCCAGAAGUUUCUUCAGGAUCCUAUUCUCACCGUAGGAAUCUUCUUCUUCGUCGUUUCCUUGCUCGGCCUAAUUGGAUCUUGCUGCCGCCUCAAUUCCAUCCUAUAUCUUUACCUGAUUGUGAUGUUUUUGUUGAUUCUUGGGUUAAUGGCGUUUACGAUUUUCUCCUUAUUGGUAACCAACAAAGGAAUUGGACAGGCCGUUUCUGGAAGGGGAUAUAGGGAAUAUCGCCUUGGGGAUUACUCGCAUUGGCUUCAAAAUUACGUCGUUAGUCAUGAUAAUUGGCCUCGCAUUCGUAGUUGUUUGGUUGAUGCGCCGAUUUGCCGGAGCCUUGCUGCUAAUUUCCGUGGAAAAGAGGCGGAUUUCUUUAAGGAGAAUCUCUCCCCGAUACAGUCUGGAUGUUGCAAGCCGCCGUCGUACUGCGGGUUCGAAUUCAAGAACGCCACAUUCUGGACAACUCCGAAAGCAGGGCCGGUGGUGGCGGACACCGAUUGCACCACCUGGAGCAACAAACAGAACGCUCUAUGCUACGAUUGCAAGUCCUGCAAGGGUGGAAUUCUGGCUAACAUCCGCAAGGAAUGGAGGCGUUUCGCCAUUUUCAACUCUUGUGUUCUUGCAGUCAUCACCAUCAUCUAUUGCAUCGGCUGCUGCGCCACAAGAAGCAACCAUAAACAUAACAGAUACUAUGGCUAUCCUUAACUAUUUCUCCAUGCUUUGAUUCCACGCUUCAACCUGCUCGAAAUGACUUUUUAAUGCUUAAAAACAAUUUUUUCUAAGCAGUGUCAUUCGAUUGACGUCAUUAUGAAAUCCCCAAAUGCAUUAGUGAUAGUGUUAUGUAUUAGAUCUUUUGUAUGAAAAUGUUUGGGUUUGGAUUUGUUAAGUUCCCAUGUCAUGGUGAUGUGUAUGUUUUUGGUGCAUUUUACUUGCAUCACAUAUGCAUACGGCCUGUUGUUCAUAAUUUUUUUAUUGUCUCUAAUGAAGGCUUUAUACAAAAGUUGUGCAGCUGCUACAUUCUUUCUUUUUGGUCUUCUUUUACUUUUUGUCAAGAGUAAUUACGCCUGAAUUCUUACCUAGUUUUGAAUUAUUCAUGAUUCUGGUUGGUGUAAA